AUGGUUUGCAAUCCCUGUUCAGCGAGAUUAAUAACCGCUGAACACAUGCUUAUGGAGUCGAAAAUGUUCGCGGCAAGAUAUGAUACAACAGAGCAGCUUCGCGAUGGGUACAAAGCAAUCAUUACGGGUUUGAAGAUCAUUGAGAAAAAUCCGGUAAUCAAUAGAAAGGGUAAGCCUUCAUUCAGUCGUCCUAUAUCUAAUAGAACUCGCUUUACAUUUACUUAUCGUGAUGCUUCUGGGGAGUAUUAUAUCACCAGCAAAAAUUUACCAAUCAAUCCACUCAAAUCUUUUACCGUAGAAGCUGGAUUCAAUUCGACUUAUGAGGCAACCAUUUUUACGAAUAAACCAGGAUCAUUAAAAUUAGGCAUUACUUCAGCGAGUUUCAACAUUACAUAUUUCGACUUGAUUCAUGCCAGUAUAACUGUUUAUCGACUCAAGUCGCUCAUCACACUGCAACAACUUGUUGGUUGGACUUAUUUUCUAGCUUGGACGUUAUCAUUUUAUCCACAAAUCAUUCUCAAUUGCAGAAGGAAAAGUGUCGAGGGGUUGAGCCUUGAUUUAAUUGUCUUGAAUGUGUUAGGCUUUCUCUGCUACAGCAUAUUUAACAUCGGUCUCUAUUGUAUUCCCAUGUUUCAGCAAGAAUACUUCAAAAUCUACCCUCUAGGUGUUAUUCCUGUUCAGCUCAAUGAUCUCUUCUUUAGUAUUCACGCUCUGAUCAUUACCUUGAUUGUUGUCAUCCAAUGCUUCUGUUACGGGCGAGGUUUGCAAGGCGUCUCAACGCUGUGCAGAAUAAUAGCCAGUUGUAUGCUAAUUUUUAUGGCUUUCUCCACACUGUUGGCUGCUCUUAAUUUCAUCACUUGGCUCUCAGCUCUCUACCUAUUCUCCUACGUCAAACUCCUUGUUACGCUGAUUAAAUACGUUCCUCAGGCCAUCUUGAAUUGUCGUCGACGUAGUUGUGUCGGUUGGAGCCUGGGAAAUGUUAUCUUCGAUUUCAUUGGUGGCAUCUUCAGUAUCGCCCAAAUGUUCAUUAUCGCCUACAACUGCGAUGAUUGGGGUAAUGUGUUUGGAUCUCCAACAAAACUCGGUUUGGGUAUUGUUUCGGUCGCUUUUGAUGUCUUCUUUUUCGUCCAACAUCACAUCUACAAACAGCAACCAAAUGUGCCAAUUCAACGUGACUCAGUAAGAGAGGGAGGACACGAAAUUGAAACGCCUCUUCUCGGUGGUGAAGAUUUUGAGAACGAUGCCUCAUAA